AUGAUUAACUCACUGUACUCAUUCUUCAACAUCCCCAAAAUCAGGUCACUCUACAAGACCGUGUAUCAUGAACUAUACCCAAGAAGCCAGAUCAGAUAUCUGCAUCAACAAAUAGAAAUUCGAUGGGGAUGCAAGUUUGAGGCAGUGGACCUUCUCGUAGACAAAUCUGAGGUUUUUUUGGAAACCCUUGUAAGAGUAGCAAUGAAUCGAGAUAAAGUCCAUGACCCAAAACAUGUCGAACGAGCUGCAGGUUUCUACCACAAACUGAUCACCACAAAAGUUGUCAUAGGUCUGAUUAUACUGAGGGCGUAUCUAGCUGAACUGUAUUUCCUUUCGAAAGAACUUCAAACUGAAUCUAUUAAUUGGACAGAUGUUCAGCAUGAGCUGACAAGAAUCCGUGCUUCAUUGGAUGCAAUCACUGUUGACCAGCUUUUAAAAGAUACCGAGAAGUUCUUGGAGUCAAUAGGCAUACCUAUGGAUGUGAACUUAGACUGCUUUGCCAUUGUUAGAACAAGGUAUGGAACAAGACAGCAAUCGAACUCAAACCUUGAAAGCAGCAUCAGUGAGAUGAACACUUACAUGAAAGAAAAAAUAGAUGAAGAGUUCAACGUAAGGUUUGAUGCCAAGAAUUUCGAAGUGAUGAAUAGUUUCGAAGCCCUGGAUGCCUCUAAGGAGUGUUAUCUUGAUAAAGGGGUUCUCAUGUAUCUUGUUGAUUAUUUUCACUGCCUAGAAAUUAACCAGUCGAAUCUCAAACUGGAGCUGGUAAGAGCCAAGGAAGAUUUCCUGCUCGGGGUUCCUAUUUCUGAAAGUCGGUGCCAAAAUCUUAUGAAACUGGUAGUGGCAACCAUGGCAACCUCCACCAUGGCAACCUAA